AUGGCUGUGAAUAAGUUUAGGAGAUGUGCCUCGCACCUCAUCCGUUUUUCAACAUGGUAUAUCAAAUUACAGAAUGGUUUGCAUGCAUUACUGAUUUCUGAUAUAAAUAAUGUGGAGGAAGAAUCCUCAGAAGAGGAUAGUGCCAAGUCUGAGACUGAAACUGAUGAUGGCAGUGACUCAGCAGCAGACAUGGAAGAUGACGAGGAAAGCUGUGAUAACAAGGAUGAUAUGGACAAUGAUAAAACUGAGGAGGAUCCUACUGAUUCUGAUAUGGAAAUUGAAGAAUCAACAGGAAAAGAAGAGUCAGAGGCAGAACCAACAGAAGAGGAAGAGGAAAAUAAAAGUGCAGAGAAACUGUCUGUGGCUGCUCUUUGUGUUGCUGUUGGCAGUUUUUGUGACCCUGAAGAUUUGCCUGGGUUAGCACACUUUCUUGAACACAUGGUAUUUAUGGGCAGCUUAAAGUAUCCAGAUGAGAAUGGGUUUGAUGUGUUCCUGAAGAAGCAUGGUGGCAGUGACAACGCCUCAACUGACUGUGAACGAACAGUCUUCCAUUUUGAUAUUCAGCAGCAAUACUUUAAAGCAGCACUUGAUAGAUGGGCACAGUUUUUCAUUCACCCAUUAAUGAUCAGGGAUGCAAUUGACCGUGAAGUUGAAGCUAUUGACAGUGAAUACCAGCUAGCAAAGCCCUCUGAUGCAAACAGGCGGGAGCUACUACUAGGAAGCCUUGCCAAACGUGGGCAUCCAAUGAGAAAGUUUUUCUGGGGUAACGCAGAGACAUUAAAGCAUGAGCCUAAAAAGAGUAACAUUGAUAUCUAUACCAGACUGAAGGAUUUUUGGCAGAGCUAUUACUCUGCUCAUUAUAUGAACUUAGUUGUUCAAUCUAAAGAAACAUUGGACACUUUGGAGAAUUGGGUGACAGAAAUUUUUUCACAGAUUCCAAAUAAUGGUUUACCAAAACCAAGAUUCGGUCAUCUGACAGAGCCUUUUGACACGCCAGAGUUUCACAAGCUUUACAGAGUUAUUCCAGUCAGAAACAUCCAUCUAUUGAAUAUCACUUGGGCACUGCCCCCACAAGAGAGAAAUUACAGGGUAAAACCACUGCUCUAUGUCUCCUGGCUGGUCGGACAUGAAGGCAAAGGCAGCAUUCUUUCUUUUCUUAGAAAAAAGUUUUGGGCUGUUGCAUUAUCUGGAGGAAACACUGAGACAGGUUUUGAACAGAACUCCAGUUACUCUAGCUUCAGCAUUUCUAUUACUUUGACUGGUGAAGGUUAUGAGCAUUUCUAUGAGGUUGUGCAUGUCGUAUUCCAGUAUCUGAAGAUGUUGCAGAAAAUAGGUCCAGAUAAAAGAAUUUGGGAAGAGAUUCAGAAGAUAGAUGAAAAUGAAUUUUCUUUCCAGGAUCAGAAUGAUCCAAUUGAUUAUAUUGAAACUAUUUGUGAAAACAUGCAUCUUUUUCAAAAGCAGGACUUUCUGACAGGAGAUCAACUUCUUUUUGAAUACAAACCUGAAGUCAUUACUGACGUCCUUAACCUGCUCUGCCCUCAGAGAGCUAAUCUUUGUCUAUUGUCUGCUAACAAUGAGGGAAAGUGCCCUCUAAAGGAGAGAUGGUUUGAGACACAAUACAGUGUAGAAGACAUUGACCAAUACUGGGCUGAUAUGUGGGCCUGUGACUUUGAGUUAAAUCAGGACUUGCACCUUCCAGCAGAAAAUAAAUACAUAGCCACUGAUUUUUCCCUAAAGGCACCUGAUUUUCCCAACAUGGAUUAUCCAGUCAAAAUUCUGAAUAUACCUCAGGGAUGCAUGUGGUACAAGAAGGACAAGAAAUUCAAGAAACCUAAAGCUUAUGUACAUUUCCACCUGAUUUCUGCACAGGUACAACAGUCUGCAAAGAGUGUGGUGCUGCUAGAGAUUUUUGUUAGCAUCCUCUCUCUGAAUCUCUCAGAACCAGCAUAUGGAGCUGAUAUCGCUAAACUGAAGUACAAACUAGUGGCUGGAGAGCAUGGUUUGAUCAUUAGAGUGAAAGGAUUCAGUCAUAAGCUACCUCUACUGUUUCAGCUCAUCAUUGACCAUGUGUCUAACUUCAGUUUUACUCCAGAGGUUUUUGAGAUGGUUAAAGAGGAACUAAAAAAGACCUAUUUCAAUAUGCUCAUCAAACCAGACGUGUUAGCCAAGGACCUACAUCAUGUAAUUUUGGAGCAUGGCAAGUGGUCUGUGAUAGACAAAUACAGGAGAUUAAUGAAGGGACUUUCUGCAGAGUCUUUAUUGUCCUUUAUUAAGGCUUUCAAGUCACAGCUAUUUGUGGAGGGUUUAGCACAAGGAAAUGUAACAUGCCAAGAAGCAAAGGAUUUUAUGAGUUAUGUUGUGGAAAAGCUCCAGUUUGCUCCUCUGGCCCAUUCCUGCCCUGUUCAGUUCCGGGUGGUGGAUUUGCCAAAUGCGCACAUGCUCUGUAAGGUGAAAACUCUUAACAAAAAUGAUGCCAACUCUGAAGUGACAGUUUAUUAUCAGGCUGGGGCAAGGAAUUUAAGAGAAUGUGUUCUUAUGGAGUUGCUUGUGACCCAUAUGGAAGAGCCUUGUUUCAGUUUCCUGCGAACCAAAGAAACACUUGGCUACCAUGUGUAUCCUGCCUGCAGAAAUAAUUCUGGGAUCAUUGGAUUCUCCAUUACUGUAACAACACAAGCAACCAAGAAUAAUUCUGAAUUUGUUGACAAGAAAAUAGAAGAAUUUCUUUUGCACUUUGAGGAAAAAAUGAAGCUUUUAACUGAAGAUGCAUUCCAUGCUCAGGUCGAUGCUCUGAUCAAUAUUAAAGAAUGUGAAGAUUCUUUUCUUGGUGAAGAAGUAGAUAGAAAUUGGAAUGAAGUGAUGAGUCAGCAGUAUCUUUUUGACAGGCUUGCCUGCGAGAUUGAAGCAUUAAAAUCAUUUACCAAAGCAGACCUGGUUGAAUGGUUCCAAACUCUCAGAGGAAAUGAUAGAAAAAUACUCAGUAUACAUGUUGUUGGAUAUGGCGAACAAGAACAGGAUUCAGAGUUUGCAACUGUCUUAGAUGUUCAGCAUCCACUGCUUGGUGAACGCCCUCAGCUAACUUUCUUACCCCCUUCUUCUUAUAUGAAAAAUACUGCUUUCAUCAGGCACAUCAGCGAUUUCACAUUAGCCCUGAACCUUUUCCCUUACCAUAAGAUAUUAAAAUAAGUUUUUGUUCUUCUUCUGUGCAAGUCUUGUUUAAGUAAUUUUCAAUUUGAGAACAUUCCAAAUCAUUUUGAUUCAAUAAUGGAGUUUGUAUGGUCAAUGAAUUUGGGUAAGUUCAUUCUUCGUUGUUGUAAAGAUUAAGGAACAGAGGAAUGAAAGGUGUAUAAUUGUCCGGUAGGGCUCCACACGGAACCAGAACUGCUUUUGAGAUGCAUGAACUGUUUAUUCGUAUGGACAAUAUAUCUGUUACUGUAAAGUAUUUUUAACGCAGUUUCUGUAUGUUCUGUAGCAAAAUGAGACAGAAUGAUUAAGAGAAAAAAAGAAAAUAGGAGAAAUUAUUCAUCUGAUCAUCAGAACUGUCAUACUAGAUCAGACUAACUUCCACCUACCCCAUCUCAUUUCUGAUAGCCAGUAAUAGAUGCUUAGGAAAGAGUUCAAGAACAGUGAAUAUAUAGAGCAAUCCUUGCCUGCUACGUGCCCAGCUUUCAGCUUUUAUGUUUAGAUGCUUCAUGAGCCAGAAGAUGCAUCUGAAACACUGCGUUUCAAAACCACAGACAGACCUGCACUUUGUGAAUUUGAGUUACUGACUAAACGUUAAUUUAUAUCGUUAGCCCUCACAAGAUACUGUUGCAGUGCAUUCCACGGUUUGCUUAUGCAUUCUGUGAAAAGUAUUUUCAUUUAUGUAUUUUGAACCUGCUACCUGAAUAAAUAUUAUCGCAUGCCUUCAAGUUCUUGUAUUGUGAGAAACGGCAAAUAAUUAUUCCCUAGUGCUUUCUUUGCACAUUAAUGAUUUCACGGGUAUGUACUGCAUAUCCUCUUAGUCUUUCUCUGAGUUGAAGCCCUGAAAAGUGUAAAACGUCUCUAGGUCAUCCCUGUUGCCCUUCUCAGUAUCUUUUCUAGUUGCAUUAGGCCUUUUAUGAGGUGGGAAGAUCA